AUGAAACUUUGUUACAAAAUAAAUUCAAUGCUAAUAAAAUUAAAUUGUAGACAAUUCGUUAGAUCAAGAACAAAUAAAACCUUGUUGAAGCUUCCUCAAGUUACCUUAUGGAAACUUUUACCUUCAAGGCUUGAAUGUUGUUUAAAACAAAAAAAAUCCUUCCCCUCUGUUGUUGUUGACGUUUCCGUUUUAGAAAUUUAA